AAGAAGCUUAAGUCAUUGCGGCCACAAGCAAGCAAUCAACUCCUUCCUCGUAACUGAGCUGAAUCACUUGGACUAAUUCGCCUUCCAGUUCUGCUUGAUCAUCCCUCCAAGCUUAUGGCUCCGUCCACCUCCCUUGGCAAGAUCUCACUCCCGAGGCAGCAGCGCCGCCUCCUCCAACCAAUCCACUCUCCAAGGCACAAGCGCGUCACCGCAGCGCACCCAGCUGCGUUGCUCCAAGAGUUGUUCGGGGAUGCUGAGCCUCCGAAGCCAAGACGCGCCUCCGACGAGACUCUCGCAGUCCAUGCGGGGGAGAAGCUCGGGAAGGGCGCGGACGAGGCUGCCACGGACUCGAUAGCGACGCCGAUCGUGAGCGGCACAACGCACUGGUUCAAGAGCUCGGAGGACCUGAUCGCCUUCAAGGAAGGCCGGCGCCACAGCCACGAGUACGGCCGGUACAGCAACCCGACGGUGAAGGUCCUUGAGGACAAGAUCAGCGCGCUGGAGAGAGCCGAGGCAACCCUGGUCACGUCGUCCGGCAUGAACGCCAUCGUCGCGACGCUGCUCGCACUCGUGCCGCCGGGCGGCCACGUCGUGACGACCACCGACUGCUACAGCGAGGCUCGCGCCUUCAUCCGUGACAGGCUUUCCAAGAUGGGCAUCAGGUCCACCUUCAUCGACCUCGACGACAUGGAGUCGCUAAAGGCAGUUCUUGAGCAGGACGAUGUGACUCUCUUCUACGCGGACUCCCCGACAAACCCGCUGCUCAAGUGCGUGGACAUCAGGCUGGUUGCAGAGUUGUGCCACCGGAAGGGCACCCUGGUGUGCAUCGACAGCACGCUUGCAUCUCCCAUCAACCAGAAGCCGCUCACCCUCGGUGCCGACGUCGUCCUGCACUCCGCCACCAAGUACAUGGCAGGCCACCACGAUGUGAUCGCUGGAUGCAUCAGCGGCUCGAAGACCCUCAUCUCGAAAAUACGCGCUUGGCAUCACGACCUUGGCGGCGCCAUCAGUCCGAACGCGGCUUACAUGAUCAUACGCGGACUUAAGACAAUGGCACUCCGCGUUGAGGCACAUAACCGCACGGCGUUGGACAUGGCACGACUCCUGGAGCUUCACCCGAAGAUCGAGCGGGUGCACUACCCUGGGCUUGAGAGCAACCCAUGGCACCAAGUUGCCAAGAGUCAGAUGACGGGUUAUGGCGGUGUUGUCAGCUUCGAGGUGAAAUCGGACCUGUGCGGCACCAUGAGGUUCGUCGAUGCUCUGGAAAUCCCAUUGAUCGCAACAUCACUUGGCGGUUGUGAGAGCCUGGUGCAGCAACCUGCUGUCAUGUCAUUCUGGGGCAAGAGUGAUGAUGAGAAGGCCAAGAACGGGAUCAAGGAUAACCUGGUGAGAUUCAGUUUCGGGAUUGAGAAGUUUGAGGAUCUGAGGGACGACAUUCUCCAAGCCCUAGAAAAGAUUUAAGGCUGACGCUUGAUGUACAAUGUUGUACAUUUUAGACAGAACUACUAGCUAGUUACAAACUGCUAACUGUAGAUGUCGAAUCUUCACUAACUUUAAAGGUAGUUCCUAGGAUAUUCUUUCAUUCACUUGUAGAAAGGAAAAGUUAUAGAUUAUCCCUGACAAAUGAUGUAACUCGGUACAAUUUUGUAGGUUUUAGCCAGCUAGAACUUCUAUGUACAUAGUGUUAAUCAAAGCACACAACCGCAGUUUUUUCUAUGAGUAUAGAUUGAAGGACGACCAUCAAUUAAAAAAACAAUAAGCCUGCUUACCCUAGCCAAUCCAGAAUAGGUUCUGAUUUU